AUGGCUGACAACAACGACCAAGAAUUUUCGUCGACCUCCUCAGCGGUAGCUGUUAGCAAUGCCAUGGCGAAAGCUGGAGAGCCGAGCUCUGUCGCAGAAACUUUCCCAUUUGCCCCGCGCCGUCAGAAAUUGAAGCAAAAAGCUAUGCGUUUAUUCAGGCCCAGGAAUAUGCCACCUAAAGCAAAAGCUGUUGCCAAUACCAUUGUCUAUACCGACCAGCAACGAGCAGGCCCAAGCAAAAUUCCCAACCCGCCAGAGGAGAGCAGCGUGCCUGUGCCCUUCCCGGAUGGCAUCAAAGUGCUACACGACUGCUCCGAUGCUAGAGUUGAUGUCUGCUUCAUCCAUGGGCUGUCUGGUGACAGAGAAAAGACCUGGACUGCUGCAGGAGAGUCUCAGCCUUGGUCACAAACCCUUCUUCCUUCUCGUCUCCCUGGCGCCCGCAUUCUCACCUAUGGCUACGACGCAUACGUGGUGCGCGUAACCAGCGCGGCGAACAAUUCGCUGACCAACCAUGCCACAAAUCUUCUGAAAGACCUGACGGAUGACAGAGCGGCUUCCAGAGCGUCUUCACGGCCCAUCAUCUUUGUGGCCCACAGUCUCGGUGGUAUCGUGUGCAAGAAGGCCCUCCUGCUUUCGCGCAACAACCGUGAUGCCCACUUGCAGAGCAUUUUCAAGUGGACCAAAGGUGUAGCAUUCAUGGGCACUCCACACAGGGGAUCCGAGGUGGCGGACUGGGCCAUGCUACCCGCUUCGGCUCUAGGAUUCAUGAAGACUGUCAACAAGACGCUCCUCGAGGUUUUGCGGACAGACGACGUGAUGCUCAAGGACACUCGGGAACAAUUUGUGGCAAUGAUUCAGGACUUGGUCUUGAAUGGCCGAAUUGUCGAAAUUGCGUGCUUUUGUGAGGAGCUGCCUAUGAGCAACCUUAAAAAGUUCAUUGUCACUCAGGACUCAGCCACGCUCGAGGGCUACAAUGCGUUCACCAUCCACGCCGACCAUCGCGGCAUGGUGCGGUUUCGUUCCGAAGACGACAACGGCUUCAAGAGGCUGUUAGGCGACCUGGUCCGGUGGACCUUACCGCAAGAGCCAGUGGUUGAGAUUCCUCUGCAACCUGUGCUCUCAGAACUUGACAAGGAUUGUCUAAGCUCGCUGGCUUUUCCGAAAAUGAACGAUCGCAUGAACGACAUUGAAUCCGCCUUUGACAAUACAUGCAAUUGGCUGUUCCAGCAUGAGACCUACAGCAGCUGGGAAGCCACCGAUCGAGGUCUACUUUGGAUCAAAGGAAAGCCAGGCUCUGGAAAGUCUACCUUGCUACGACAUUCCCUUAACAGAACCAACAAAUUGCCACCCUGUGGAAGCCAGCCACCCCUCAUUCUCUCCUUCUUCUUUCACGGCCGUGGCGAGGAACUUCAAAAGUCCCCUCUAGGUCUCUUUAGGGCGCUGCUCCAUCAGAUACUUUCGCAGGCACCAGAUGCAGCAAAAGACCUUGUCGCCACUUUUCAGGACCGGCGCAACACCAUGGGCUCAGCAGGCGGACAGUGGAAAUGGCAUGCUCGCGAACUACGGGAUCAUUUUCAAGCGUCUUUGCCGCAAGUCAUCGAAAGCCGGACCGUCUGGAUAUUCGUCGAUGCCCUCGAUGAGUGCGGCGAACAGAAUGCAGUUGAAUUGGCUGGACAUUUCCAGCGCAUCCUCUACCAGCUUCCCCCGACGGCUGGGCAAUGCCGCAUUUGUUUCACCUGCCGUCACUAUCCCAUUCUCUCUCUAGACCCUGCCACCUUUGAGAUAUGUGUCGAGCAAGAGAACGGACUUGAUAUUGAGACUUACGUAUACAACAAGUUCUCUUCUUUCAAUGUCCCAGCUGAAAUAGUGGCAACCAUCACGAGCCAAGCAUCCGGCGUGUUCAUGUGGACAUAUCUUGUACUCAACACUGUUCGGGACUUGUUGCGUGGGGGGGCAGGGUGGAAGAAGAUUGCCUCCAAGAUAUCCGAAACUCCCCAAGAUCUUGAUACGCUUUACGACGAGUUGGUGAAGAGCAUGGAUGACACGGAAGCCUCCCUGAAGCUAUUCCAAUGGAUCUGCUUUGCCAGACGGCCUCUUUCGUUAGAUGAGCUACGAUGGGCUCUGAUCCUCGACCCAGGUUGCUCUUACACAUCGGUCCAGCAAUGUAAGAGUGCAGAUGAGUACGAAUGCGAUAUGGAGAAGCACCUGAAAACUCUCAGUCGUGGUCUUGCCGAACUCACGCAGUCAUCCGAUGAACCCGUUGUGCAAUUCAUUCACCAGUCAGUACAGGAUUUCUUCGUCAACAAGGGCCUACUGUCUCUACAUAACAAGAAAUCGGAUGCUGCCGAAACGGUUACGGUAAUCCUUCAAGAUACUUCCGCAGACGUCAAUGCCACAGAUGGAAUCGGUCGCACGCCGCUGUCGUAUGCGGCCUAUGCUGGCAAUGAAUCGACUGUUCAUCAAAUACUUAAAAUAGGCAAGGUAGACGUCGAUUCAGAGGAUCAAUACGGCUGGACGCCGCUCUUUCUAGCAGCCAGAUAUGGGCACCAGACGGUGGUUAAGCAGCUGCUCGAUACAGGCAAGGUAGACGUCGAUUCAAAGGAUCGAGACGGCCGGACGCCGCUCUCUUGGGCAGCUGAAAAUGGUCACCAGACGGUGGUUAAGCAGCUGCUCGAUACAGGCAAGGUAGACGUCGAUUUAAAGGAUCAUUACGGCCGGACGCCGCUCUCUUGGGCAGCUAAAAAGGGUCACCAGACGGUGGUUAAGCAGCUGCUCGAUACAGGCAAGGUAGACGUCGAUUUAAAGGAUCGAGACGGCCGGACGCCGCUCUCUCGGGCAGCUAGAUAUGGGCACCAGACGGUGGUUAAGCAGCUGCUCGAUACAGGCAAGGUAGACGUCGAUUUAAAGGAUCAUUACGGCCGGACGCCGCUCUCUUGGGCAGCUAGAUAUGGGCACCAGACGGUGGUUAAGCAGCUGCUCGAUACAGGCAAGGUAGACGUCGAUUCAAAGGAUCGAGACGGCCGGACGCCGCUCUCUUGGGCAGCUGAAAAUGGUCACCAGACGGUGGUUAAGCAGCUGCUCGAUACAGGCAAGGUAGACGUCGAUUUAAAGGAUCGAGACGGCCGGACGCCGCUCUCUUGGGCAGCUGAAAAUGGUCACCAGACGGUGGUUAAGCAGCUGCUCGAUACAGGCAAGGUAGACGUCGAUUCAAAGGAUCGAGACGGCCGGACGCCGCUCUCUUGGGCAGCUGAAAAUGGUCACCAGACGGUGGUUAAGCAGCUGCUCGAUACAGGCAAGGUAGACGUCGAUUUAAAGGAUCGAGACGGCCGGACGCCGCUCUCUUGGGCAGCUGAAAAGGGUCACCAGACGGUGGUUAAGCAGCUGCUCGAUACAGGCAAGGUAGACGUCGAUUCAAAGGAUCGAGACGGCCGGACGCCGCUCUCUUGGGCAGCUAGAUAUGGGCACCAGACGGUGGUUAAGCAGCUGCUCGAUACAGGCAAGGUAGACGUCGAUUCAAAGGAUCAAGGCGGCUGGACGCCGCUCUCUUGGGCAGCUGAAAAUGGGCACCAGACGGUGGUUAAGCAGCUGCUCGAUACAGGCAAGGUAGACGUCGAUUCAAAGGAUCAAGGCGGCUGGACGCCGCUCUCUUGGGCAGCUGAAAAUGGGCACCAGACGGUGCUAUCCCUAUUAAUGCAAAGUGGUGGAGAUGCUAAGCGUGGCGACAAUGUUGGGCGCAGCCUGCUGCUAAUUGCCGCAGAGAACGGAGACGAGCCGACAGUACAGCUUCUCUUGUCUGCGACGACUAGUCUAGACAGCAAAUCCUCACAGACCGGGACUUUGCCAAUGACGCUGCAACAAGUCGUGCAGGGCGAGCUCGAAGCCAUGGUGAGCUUCCUCUCUCAGGUCGACGCCAAGUCCGGGGUUGAUGACAGGCGGUAUGAAACGGCGCUGGUAUGGGCCUCAAAGGCCGGAUAUACAGACGUCGUACAGCUGCUGUUAACGAUGGAUGGAAUCGAUGUCAAUCACAAAAUAGAUGGUGAAACGGCGCUGCUACAAUCAGCGAAGAACGGUCGGGUGGAAGUAGUGAAGCGGUUGCUGGCUGCAGACGGCAUCGACGUUAAUCGAAAAAGCUGGAAGGAGCAAACGGCGCUAAUGAGAUCCGCAGAGGAAGGGCACACGAGUGUGGUAACGCUGUUGUUAACAGUAGACGGCAUCGACAUUGCUUGCAAGAGCCGGUACGGUAUGACUGCGCUGGACCUGGCUGCAAAGGGAGGCCACUUGGAUGUGGUGGAGCUUCUUGAGCAAAAGCUGCACGGCUGA